GGACAAUCCUCUCCUCGCGCGCAGCGUGCUUCCAGUGGGUCGUGGAACCCUAGACCCCUUUCCCCAAUCCCACGACCGCCUCCAUCCUCCCGUGCUCCACCCCGAGCGUGCCCGGGCUCCGCCUCCUCCUCCUCCACCACCAUCCCUUCUCUUCUCACUCUUCCUCCUGUCGCAACCGCCUCCUCUUCUCCCUAUCUUCCUCCUCGCCCCACGCGACCCCUCUUGUGCCGCUCGUCUCCACUUCGUUGCCGCCAUAGAUCGAGGAGGACGGCGCGAUGACGACCAUGAUGCAUUAGACAUCCCAGAUCGACGACGCCAUGGAAGCCAUGAGAGCUGGCCGAGGAAGAGGGGGCAGGGCCGCAGGCCAUGAAGGGCAUGGCGGCUGCGGGCGGAAGCAGCAUGGGUUGAAGGAGCGGCGGAUGUGGGAAGGGUCAGAGGUUGGGGAAGACUCGUCGGCUGGGCGACAGCAAGCGCCGGUUCUACGAUCUGUUGCAUAUCUUUUCUUCUCGUUAAGGUUAGCUGCUCUAUUUCCUAGGAGAGGGGAGGCGGCCAAUGACAGGGAGAAGGAGCAGGUCGUCGAGGAGUGCAAGCAGAAGGUUUCCGGUGACUGGAAGUCUGAAACUGAUGACAGGGCAUAUUGUUUUGGUUAUGAGUGGUUGGAGAUAUUGUGGCUUGAUGUCCCUGGAGCAGUCAGACCCUUCCAAGAUAGGUCGAGCGACGGUGAGCACAUCCGACGCCAACACACCAAGAAGCAGGAGCAAAACGAAAGUGAGCACCAUAGAAAGGAUGAUUAUAAGCAAGCGACAAGAACAAGCCAAUGGGCAUGGCAUUUUCAAGCGACAAGAACAAGCCAACGGGCAUGGCAUUUUAUGCAAAAUGAGCAGAGAGACCAGGCGUGGGACUGGUGCUUGGUAGCAGCAGUGAUUCCUUCAGGCAUUUCGAUUCCAGUAACCACAAGUUCUAGGGAAGAUGUAUGUUUCCUACAAAGGGUUUGAGUUUGAGAGGCACAAAAGAAGUUACAAGUGUUGCAGCUUAUUUGGCUUUAUAGUGACAUGUAUCGACAAACGAUUGUUAUAUUCAGUAUGCUAGGCUGUGUCCUAUUUAUCAUGCAGAUUCUGUAUUAGGUGCUCGAUAGAGGUUUUUGUGGUCGUGUCAUACACCAAUUACCGUCGAGAUGGGUAAUGGUAUGGGAAUGGGGCUCCAAGGAUGUGAAAAUGGUCGGGAAGACAGAGUUAGCAGCGACAUGUGUCCUCAAGUAAUUUCUUGCCAAAGGUGAUGUCAAGGUUAGCUACCGUGAUCAAGGAAAUAACAUGUAUCUGUGUGGUUUGUUUCUGCUGUUGAUCGGCCGUUGCUGUGUUUAAGGUAAUGAGGCGUCAGUGUAGGCCCAAUCUUUUUGUUUGUUGCUUUGAAGAGUGUUGUCAUGUUGUGGAAAGGCAACAUGUGCUUGAUACGUGGAGUUGGUGUUGAGCCUGGCGGUAGUAGACAGGGAAGGCACCCAUCUCACUUGAUCUUGAGAGUUGAUUCAUAUCUUUUUUUUCUUGACCUGAUUGAGUUCCUGUAUAUGCAAGGAUAAAGAAGAAGGGGCAUUGUCGUGGUUGUUGCUUAAGGUGUUGGUCAGGAGCUGAUUGUCGGGACUGAUGACAAGAACGGAGAGCAAGAUGAGUAUGUCAACAUGAUGUUCCUUGAUGUUGGCCUUCUUUUAUAAAGUUCACAUGCAACUCUCCUCCAUGGUUAGAAAAAACUAAUUUAAAUGUUUUGUUUCUUUGGUGGUUACUCACUUCUCUUACCGUUGUUGUAUCAAAACAAUUGUAUUUUUGUUGAUGGCCACUUGGGCUCAUUUUCGAGGAGAAUGAGAUGUGGAAUAAACUACUCUAAAAUGGUUGGUUCCCUUCAGACAAUUUAUUAGCUAACUAAUUUUGGCUGCUGGUGCACAUGAUACAAUUGUGCUCUGUUGUUGCCAUCUUGCAUUUUAUGUGA